UUUCUAAUACCACUUCUGUGUAGGCAGUGUACCUGUAAGUGGGCUAAAUUCGCUCAGUUAGUUUUACAUCACUUCUCUAAACCGUGAACCUUAUGUGACGAGCGAGUAAUUUUAUUAAAGCUUUACUAGCAUGCUGCCAAGCACGUGCACGGUUAGCUGGUCUAGCAGCUUAAAAGUCUGAUCAUGAUGAGCGUCUUCUCGAAUAUAAACAAGUCAAAGGUUAAACUGCUAAAUGUGCUGUAUUUCCUACAGUGUGAUCAGGAGAGAAAAAAAAGUAUGGUUUCAGCAGACAAGGAGUCAGGGACUGGCCAGAGGGAGCUGUGUCCAUUUUGUGGCAGGCCUUUCAAGAGGCUAAAAACUCACCUUCCUCACUGCAAAAUGGCACCUGUUGCCAAGGCGACAAAAAGCUCGGUGGCCCCUUCGGAGUCACGCAGCCCUGUCCUUGAACACGCUGCUUCGGAGAGGAGGACGACAGCAGUGAUGCCGGAGGGGUUUUCAAAUACAGACUUGACAGGAACGGUGACUUCCCCUGCCGUGAAGAAAAAGAGCACACGUCUCUCGGUGAAGACUGUGGUACCAAAGGUAAGCCCAAACAAAAACAUCACACCGAAAAAUCUCCCAAAAUUUGACCUUUCUAGUGGUCCACCUAAGGUCAAACCCAAGGUACAGGAGCAGGAGAUGAUGAAAACGGAAGAGUCAGAUAAAAGCAGUCGACCUGGAGGUGGCAGGGAGGUGGUGUCUGCACAAAAGGGAAGGGGGUCAGCGUCCCUAAAAACGGACAUCCACAGUGGGACCGCGGACAAGGUGAGAAGCCGCGAAAGUACAAAGAAAGGGCAGCGCAAGCGGAAGGCUCCGGAUACGGAGAUGCAGCAGACGUGCAUGCCGUUUGGUCCUUUGAACGAGGAUGGUGCUGUGACGCAGAAGUUGUUACUUGGGUCACUGUCAUCAAAUGGUAAGGCAGAAGGAGCUGGGAGGGAACUCCGUGCUCAAGAAAUGGCCAACAGCAGGUCAGCUCCCGCUGAAUGCCACAUUUGGGGCCAUAAGGGGACCAAGACGGAUGUGUGGGAUCAUAUUAAAAACGGUUUAACUGGCAAGAGCUGCAGACGUCUUCUCACGGCUGAUCUGAGCGAAGCUGCCCUCGGGGUUGGACCCGCUUUCCAAGAAGUGGAACCUCAAAGUUCCCCGAUUCUGGUCAACCAGGCCGGGCUUUUGUCCAAGCAAAGACCCGAGAACUUGUUUCCUAGAGCCAACGAUGGCUCUGCCCCCUGCCACAACCCCGCAGGUGCGCUGUGGGAGCCGUGCGGGCGAGGGAGCCGUGUUGCUGGCCUGGAGUGGACACCGGAGUUGGCUACCUCCUACCGCGGUAUAGGCUUCUCCAUGCUUCCCUUGUGGUGCCCCACCGAGCACGUGCAGAGAAAGCCUCCGCCAGUGCAGCCAAUUGCACGACAGGUUCAAGGUAGUGUGACUGAGCGAGCUCUCUUGGAGCUCAGGCUUGCGGAGCUGCCAACGUGGCUGAUGUCACGACCCCUACCUACCCCCCGACAGGGCGUGGCAUUGCUCCGGAAAGCAGGAUGGCAGUGGUACCACAGUAAGUACGUCGAUGUCCGGAGAGGGGCCAUCGGCGGGGUGGCCAUGCUGCUGGCUGGCUGCUGCGUCCUGAGUUACCUGUGGAGUUACCCCGACUUCAAACAUGAGCGCUGGAGAAAGUACCACUGAAGAGCUGGAUCUCGCAGGAGCUGCUCGCCGACCGGGGAAGGAAUCCCUCUGGGUUUGGACUUCGUGGUGGGAGGGCAUCUUGAUCAUGUGCCUGCUAGUGUCAUUCCAUUUAUUUAAUCUUUACAUGCAUUGUUUGUUUAUUAAAUAGAAAAUAUGAAAUGUCAGAUCAUUGGACUAAGAAAAUGGUAUUCCACAAUUUGAGUUUACCCCGAAAAUUCUCAGUAAAAUAAAAGAUGAUUGGACCUGUA